AUGCCUUUUUGGAAUCUACUUCAUAAUGUUAUAUUGAAACUAAUGCAUUGUUGGCUUUCUCAUCCGGCUGCUCAUCUCAAUUUAAGAAUUGAGAGUAUAGGAGAUUCGGAACAUACAAAAGCAAAUAAUGGAA